AGACACUGGUUUAGUACAGAAACAGCUUCCUUGGAAUCAGAUGUAAAGGAGAUAGAGCUGGGGGGACAUCAGCAUAUUGGUGGCACUCCCGCCCAAAACUCAAGAUGACCUCUCCCAGUGGUUUCAUGUAAAUAUUGAACAGCAUGGGGGACAGAACUGAGUCCUGAGAGACACCACAGGCUAGUAGCCAGGAUAUCCAACAGGUGUCCCUCAACACAACCUUCUGGGUCCACCCCUCCAAGUAGGACUGGAGCCCCCAUAAGACAGUGCCUUCAAUUCCCAUCCCAGAGAGAUGACUGAGAAGAAUACCAUGGUUGAUGGUACUGAAACCUGCCGAGAGAUCCAGCAGAGCCAUCAGGGACGCCUUGUCCAUUUUCCUAUGUAGGCCAUCCACCAAGGCAACUAAAACCGUCUCCAUCUCAUAGCCAGGAAAUGAUUCGUAAAUGUUUGCUUUUGCUAUUUGGAGCUGAGCUACUGAUCCUGACAACAGCAAUUUCUCUUGAAUGCACCAAAUACAACGUAAAAACAUGUGAAGAGUGCAUCACAUCUGGCCCUGGCUGUGCUUGGUGCAAAAAGCGGAAUUUCACAAAAGUUGGAGAGCCAGAUUCUAUUCGCUGUGACACUGAGCAACAGCUCCUACUGAAAGGAUGCGAAGGGGACGUCAUUUUCCCCACAAGUGUUGCAAUUCCCGAGACGUCUGAUACAUCCAGCAAGAAUAAUCAACUUUCUCCUGGGGUGCACAGUGUGAGAUUAAGAAAAGGUCAACCUGCUGUUUUUAACUUGACAUUCCGCCGUGGUGAGGAUUAUGAAAUAGAUCUCUACUACUUGAUGGACCUCUCUUACUCUAUGGAAGAUGACCUGGCAAUUGUGAAGAAGCUAGGAGGGGAUCUGCUCCAGGCUCUCAGAAGCAUGACCAAAUAUGCUCGUAUCGGAUUUGGUGCCUUUGUGGAUAAGACAGUGCUGCCUUUUGUUAACACACACCCAGAAAAGCUGCGAAAUCCCUGUCCAAAUAAGGAUCCCAAGUGCCAGCCACCAUUUGCUUUCAGACAUGUGCUCAGCCUCACAGACAACAUACAACGGUUUCAAGAAGAAGUAGGAAAACAGAAUAUAUCAGGGAAUCUUGAUGUACCAGAGGGAGGACUUGAUGCUAUGAUGCAAGCUGCUGUCUGUGGGAAUAAGAUUGGCUGGAAGAAUUCUACUCGACUAUUAGUAUAUGCUACAGAUGCUGGUUUCCAUUUUGCUGGGGAUGGUAAACUUGGAGCCAUCUUAACACCUUAUGAUGGAAAAUGCCACCUGGAAGAAAAUAUGUAUAAAAAGAGCAAUGAAUUUGACUAUCCAUCUGUUGGUCAGUUGAUACAGAAACUGAAAGAAAAUAAUAUCCAGCCCAUAUUUGCUGUUACCAGUGAAGUGGUUGAAACAUAUAAAAAACUCAGUAAGAUGAUCCCCAAGUCUGCUGUAGGAGAACUGAGGACCAAUUCUGAUAACAUCAUCCAACUCAUCCGGGAUGCAUAUAAUAAUUUGUCUUCCAGAAUUAUUUUGGAACAUGGCCCUUUGCCAAGUUCUGUCAAGAUCACAUAUGAUUCCUUCUGUCCUAACAAAAUACAUACCAAGGAUCAGCCAAGAGGAGAAUGUGACAGAGUAACAAAAAAUGAUAAGAUUACUUUUCAGGUGAAAAUUACAGCAACAGAGUGCAUUGAAAAUCAGACCAUUACUAUCCAGCCUCUUGGUUUCACAGACUCUUCCUCCAUUGUCCAUAUGAGCAGUCGGUGCAACUGUGAAUGCGAUGAGAAAACAUCAGAUAAUACAGAAUGCAAUAGACAAGGAAAAGUAGACUGUGGUAUCUGCAGAUGCUUUCCAGGCUUCAUUGGGAAGAAUUGUGAUUGCAAAACUGGGGGCAAAUCCAGCAAAGAACUGGAAAAGAGCUGCAGAAAGGACAAUGCCUCAGUCAUCUGCUCUGGCCUAGGGGAUUGUGUAUGUGGACAGUGUGUUUGCCAUACCAGUGAUAAUCCCAAAAAGCAGAUAUAUGGUACCUUCUGUGAGUGUGACAACGUUAACUGUGAGCUUCACAAUGGUCAGCUUUGUGGAGGAGAAGAACGAGGACGUUGUGACUGUGGGAAAUGCAAAUGCAACUCUGGCUAUGAUGGCAGUGCCUGCCAAUGCAAGUCUUCAACAGAUGGUUGUUUGAACAGCAAUAAGAGUGUAUGCAGUCUCCGUGGGGUGUGCCAGUGCAAUACAUGUCACUGUAACCCAGGCUACCAGCCCCAAUAUUGUGAAGAAUGCCCUGGCUGUCCAUCACCCUGUCCCAGAUACAUUUCUUGUGUUGAGUGUUUGGCCUUUGGGAAUGGCCCAUUUCAGAAGAACUGCUCUCAAGCUUGUCAAAAUAUUAUUCUGAAAGACAACGUAGUAUCCAAAAGUAAACCAUGCAAGGAGAAAGAUUCUCAAAACUGUUGGAUCUCUUACACAAUGUCGCAAAUGGAUGGAGAGAUGUAUUCGGUUACAGUCAAUCCCAACAAGGUGUGUCCAGAGCCUCCUAAUGUUGCAGCCAUUGUGGGAGGCACCAUUGCUGGAAUAGCUCUCAUCGGGCUUCUCCUUCUCUUGAUUUGGCGACUACUCACAGAGCUGAUUGAUCGCAAAGAAUAUCACAGAUUUGAGAAAGAAAAGUCCAAAGCAAAGUGGAAUGAUGCUGAUAAUCCUCUUUUCAAGAGUGCCACCACUACUGUUGUGAACCCCAGAUUCAAUGGCCAGUGAAGUGGAACUACAUUGACAUUGUGGAGCACAAAGAAACUCUUGGAAAGAGGAAGAGCAGAUGAAGACAACAGUUUUAUUCUCCACAGUGUCCCCUUCUGUCAUUGUCACACCAUGCAUUUCAGAAAACCUUUGUAUAGGUUUUGCAAACAUGUCACCAGACACCUCAUGGAGUUGUCAAAACUGUUCAUGUUCCACUAAUCACCCAUUACAUUUGAAGUUGGUACUUGGAAACCUAAAACAAAGGGAAUGUUUAUUGUAGUAUGUACAGAUUGAAAAUAUUUGUUGCAAAAUACACUCAUCCUUCCGUAUUUGCGGCUUUGAUAUUUGCAGCUUGGAUUAUUUACAGAUUUAAUAUGUUCUCUUUAGGAAUAUCUAGGUCCUCCAGUG